AUGGUUAUCCAAUUUAUAGUCAGCCCCACCUUCUCUUCCGACAGAAUGAAGAAAAUGUUUCCAAUGAUUAAGCAGUGUUUGGAUGAGUUGUUGAAUACAUUGGAAAUGAAUGCCAACGAUAAGAAGGAGGUGGACAUGAAAUUAAUGUAUGGAAACCUAACAAUGGAUGUCAUAUCUACCUGUGCUUUCGCCACCAAAACUAACUCAUAUAAAGACCCCAACAGUCCGUUCAUUAAGAAUGCUCACAAAUCCUUGAAUCCAAAGUCAUAUAGACUUGUGUUGUCUAUAAUGUUACCUAAAUUUGUGAUGAAAUUAAUAAAUAUGAAGCACGCGAUUGAAGAGACUUGCUGUGAAUUCUUCUUUAAACUGACCCGUCUUAUCAUCAAUGAAAGGAAAAAUAGUAAUCAGAAAUACAAUGAUUUCAUUGAUUUAUUAUUAAACGCAGAAAAAGAUAAACCAAAUGAAGUAAGCGAUGAGUUUGAUAGCAAUGAAUCACAUCAUGUGAAUGAAGGCAAAGAAGAAUUAGAGAUCCAGAAGAAAGUGAUGUCAGGAGUGGAGCACUACAUCACUGACGAUGAGAUUCUGGCCAACGCUUGGAUUUUCUUCGUUGCCGGUUAUGACACGACUGCCACUACUCUGUCGUUCGCAACGUAUGAAUUGGCUCUCAAUCCAGAUGUUCAGCAAAAACUUUACGAAGAAGUGAUGUCUUCAGUGGACACUAACGGAGAGAUUGAUUACGACUUACUAUCGAAACUGUCGUAUUUGGAUGCAGUCGUGUCGGAGACUCUUAGACUACACGCGCUAUCCAUAAGAGUGGCCAGAAUUGCUUCACAGGAUUACAAAUUAGGUGACACCGGUAUCACUAUUAAAAAGGGACAGGCAGUUUCUAUCCCUACCUAUGCAAUCGCACAUUUGGAGGAGUUUUAUCCAAACCCGGAGUCAUUUAUUCCCGAAAGGUUUCUACCGGAAAACAAACCCAAAUUAGUUCCCUAUACUUAUCUGCCAUUUGGUGGCGGACCCCGAAAUUGUGUGGGAAUGAGGUUUGGGUUAAUGGAAGCCAAGUUAGGGUUGGCCCAUGUGAUCAGGAGAUACCGAUUCUUGAAGUGUGCCAACACUGAUAUACCCGUCUCAUUGAUUCGCAAUUUAUUCCUUCACACACCUAAACGGGUCAUCGUUGGCAUUGACAAGAGAUAA